AUGAGAUAUUCGAGUUUUUUCUGCGGAUUAAGUCUUAAGCUUCAAAGCGUUUCUUUCUUUCUUUCUUUCUUUCUUUCUUUCUUUCUUUCUUUCUUUCUUUCAAAGCGUUUCUUUCUUUCCUUCCUUCCUUCCUUCCUUCCUUCUUUCUUUCUUUUAAAGCGUUUCUUUCUUUCAAAGCGUUUCUUUUAUUCAUUCUUUCUUUUUUUCAAUGAAUUUCUUGCAUUCAAAGAGUUUCUUUCUUUCGUUCUUUUUUUUCAUUCAAACCGUUUUUUUCUUUCUAUGCGUUUCUUUCUUUCUUUCAAUGAAUUUCUUUCAUUCAAAGCGUUUCUUUCUUUUUUCUUUCAAAACGUUUCUUUCUUUUUUCUUUCUUUCAAAGCGUUUCUUUCUUUCUUUCUUUCAUUCAAAGCGUUUCUUUCUUUCAUUCAAAGCGUUUCUUUCUUUCUUUCUUUCAUUCAAAACGUUUCUUUCUUUUUUCUUUCUUUCAAAGCGUUUCUUUCUUUUUUCUUUCUUUCAAAGCGUUUCUUUCUUUCUUUCUUUCUUUCAUUCAAAGCGUUUCUUUCUUUCUUUCUUUCAUUCAAAGCGUUUCUUUCUUUCUAUGCGUUUCUUUCUUUCAAGGCGUUUCUUUUAUUCAUUCAUUCUUUCUUUCUUUCAAUGAUUUUCUUUCAUUCAAACCGUUUCUUUCUUCUUUUUCUUUUCUUUCUUUCUUUCUUUCUUUCUUUCAACGAAUUUCUUUCAUUUAAAGCGUUUCUUUCUUUCUUUUUUUCUUUCUUUCUCUCUAUCUUUCUUUCUUCUUAA